UGCUCUUUUCAGUGGUAACACUAGCUAAGAGAGAUUGUUGCAGAGAGAUUUCCUUUCUUUCUCUUAUAAAAGUCAUAAACCCCAUAGAUAGAUAUAUCUAGAUCAUGCAUAGACAGGUCUGUUUGGUACUUGUGUCUUCAUCUAUCUUACCCUUAACUUGCAGAUGAUGUUCAUGAAGCACGUGCACCAUCAGAUUUGCCAUCACAACAGGAUUUCUUUGAGAAGACCAGCUAUUACUGUGAACACUUGUUUAAUGGGUUGAUCGCUCGCUUGCUCAUAAGCGCAAGAAAAUUUCGUUGAAAUUGAAAUUAAGCAUAGAGAGAGAGAUGGCGACGUACUUUCAUGGGAAUUCCGAAAUUCUAGGCGGAGAUGGACUUCAAACCCUUGUCCUCAUGAACCCUUCUUACGUCCAAUACCACCACGACGCUCCUCCUCCUCAACCACCGCCGCAGCAGCAGCAGCAGCCACCGCACUCCAAUCUCGUCUUCCUCAACUCCGCCGCCAACAACCUCUCUUCGCCGCCGCCUCAGCUCUCCCACUUGCCUCCUCACCAACAAUUCGUCGGCAUCCCCUUACCUAACUCCACCUCCUCAACCGCACCUUCUCAGAACCCUAACGAUAUUUCCGCUUUACACGGACUGAUACCGCGUCUGCACUACAACCUCUUCAACAGUAUCGACCACCACGCUCCCACCCCGCGUGACACUCCACGCGCCCAACAGGGAUUGUCCUUAACUCUCUCUUCUCAACAGCAGCCGGGUUAUGGGUCCCAGCAGGCAGAGGCAGCGUCGGGCGGGUCGGCGUCAUCUGGAUCGGGGGUGACAAACGGGGUAUCUGGUCUUCAGGGUGUGUUGUUGAGCUCCAAGUACUUGAAGGCCGCACAGGAGUUGCUCGAUGAAGUGGUUAAUGUCAACGGUAAUGGAACUAAGAGCGAAUUGUUGCCGAGGAAAAGUAAUGGGUCUGGUAGUGGUACUACUAAGGUGGCCGGAGAAUCUUCCGCUGCUGGGAGUGGAGACGGGUCGGGUGGUGGGGAAGCGGGUGAGAAAAACAGGGCGGAGCUUACCACGGCCGAGAGGCAAGAAUUUCAGAUGAAGAAAGCAAAGCUUGUGAACAUGCUUGAUGAGGUGGAGCAGAGGUACAGGCAGUACCAUCACCAGAUGCAGAUAGUGAUAUCUUCAUUUGAGCACGCAACAGGGAUUGGGUCUGCAAAGACAUACACAGCUCUUGCACUGCAAACAAUCUCCAAGCAAUUCCGGUGCCUGAAAGAUGCAAUUACAAGCCAAAUUCGAGCGGCUAACAAGAGCUUGGGAGAAGAAGAUAGCUCUACAGGAAAGAUUGAGGGUUCGAGGCUUAAAUUCGUUGAUCACCACCUUCGACGACAACGUGCACUUCAGCACUUGGGAAUGAUUCAGCACAAUGCUUGGAGACCCCAAAGAGGAUUGCCUGAAAGAUCCGUCUCUGUUCUUCGCGCUUGGCUGUUCGAGCACUUUCUCCACCCCUACCCAAAGGAUUCAGACAAGCACAUGCUCGCUAAACAAACUGGGCUCACUCGGAGUCAGGUGUCCAAUUGGUUCAUAAAUGCUCGAGUUCGUCUUUGGAAGCCAAUGGUGGAAGAAAUGUACUUGGAGGAAAUCAAGGAACAUGAACAGAAUGGCGGUUCAGACGAUAAAACAAGCAAGAGCGAACGCAACGAAGAUUCAGCAUCCAAGUCCACUGUUCAGCAAGCGAAGUGUUCAGCCACAGUAAACCAAACGAUAAGUCUCAAAUCCAAGGACAAUUCUACAAACCAGAAUGCUCCUGCAAUUUCAAUGUCCGCGGCUUUAUCGUCUCCUGUGGGAGGAAAUGUUCGGAACCAGUCUGGAUUCUCCUUCAUUGGGUUAACGGAGUUGGAUGAUGUCACACAAGGAAGUCCAAAGAAACCCAGAACCAAUGAAAUGAUCCAAUCCCCAACUGGUGUUCCAGGUGAGGUAAACAAUGAACAUGUCUCAAUGAAAUUUGGCAAUGAGAGGCAGGGCAGAGAUGGUUACCUCUUCAUGGGUGGCCAAAACAACUUCAUUGGAGAAUUCGGGCAAUACUCGAUCGGGGAGAUUGGAAGGUUCGAUUCAGAGCAAUUCACGCCAAGAUUUUCAGGCAAUGGGGUUUCUCUAACACUUGGCCUUCCUCACUGUGAAAACCUCUCUCUAUCUGCAGCCCACCAACCUUUCCUCCCUAACCAGAACAAUCAGCUGGGAAGAGUCGUCGACAUGGGGGAACCCAAUGAAUUUGGAGCCAUUAACAGUACCACGCCUCACUCCUCGGCCGCAUAUGAGGACAUGGAAAUGCAGAACAGAAAGAGGUUUGUAGCACAAUUGUUGCCAGACUUUGUGGCCUAAUAACCAAGUAUGACAAUGAAUAAGUCAAGGAGGUAUCCGUUGCUUCCUGCAACUCGCUCUCACUAUGCUCUCUGUACUAAAUGGAGCAAGCAAAACGCAUGCAGUGUAAAGAAAGAAUUACAUAGUAUAGGUUUAUAUACAUUGCAUAGAACCAUUUCAGAUUUUAGAUAGCAUAGGAUUUGAUAGCAUAUUAUUGAGGAUUGUAUAUUAUUUUUGUAAGUUUUCAGGGUGGGAUAGAUGGAUUGAUGUCAAAAGGAUUAGUAUUUGGAAUAUACCAAUGCCAAUAUAUAUUGAUUGUGGGUUAAUUAUGCA